AUUUAGUCUAUGAUUUAAACCAAUGGAGUGAGGACGUUUGUUGUGAGAUUUGUUUCCUAUUAUUUUUGCCUUCCGUCGCUAAAUAUCUGUGUAAUGUAAUAAACUAGUUAGAAAAAAAUCUUUUUUACUUCACGUGUAAAUAGUGAUUGUGAUUUUUUUCUUAGAGUUUAGAUGUAGACACAGUAGCAUGUUUCUUAAACGCAUAUUGGUGCCUCUGCUCUGCCUUGGAAUAGAAGUUCCGCGAACCUUCGGCGAGGAGGUGGAAAUUCGGCAAGUGGAAGCGGACAAGGGAACGAAUGUUACGAUCCCCUGUGGUGGUCUGCUGGUGAUUCCACCUCCCAACGUCCAAUGGGUUCAUAGAGGCAACCGCACGCACCAUGAAGUGUUGCAAGACGGCAGCAUAGGACUCACGCGAGUGGGCGUCGACGACGAAGGCCUGUACGAGUGUAGCGUGGAGAACGAGACAGCGUACAUCGACAGAGUCAAUCUCACAGUCAGAACGGAACCUCCUCCAUUGAUCAACGUGACGGUGCACGCGUCCACCAUCCUCGCCAUCAUCCUGUGGAACGUGGCGGGCGACGGCGGCCACCCCAUCGUGGACUUCACGGCGCAGUACCGCUCGGCGGCGCCCGUCAACGGCUCGCUGGAGCCCUGGCGGCCCAUCAGCCCCAACCACAUCAGCCCUAACUCGAGACAAAUCGACGUGUACCACCUGGAGCCCAACGCGUCGUACUGGUUCCGCGUGUGGGCCAACAACGUGCUAGGCCCCGGCCCGCCGGUCGAGGUGCUCGCCACCACGCUCUACAGCGACCAGGAAGCAGAGCUCAUCAAGCACUUCCUGGCGGGUGCGGAGACGUUCGACACGCGCACGUGGGUGGCCGCCGUGUGCGUGGUCAUGGGCACGCUGGCCGUGCUCGCGGCGGGCACGUGCGCCGUGCUCUGCCGCGAGUGGCGCCGCGCAGAUUACACAGAAGAGCAAGAUGUAAUUGAGUUAGUGCCUAAUAUAAUUUUAAACCCCGGGUUCGUGGAGCCGGACCAAGCUCGCUCCCGGGAGACGUACGCGGCCUCGAUCAUCAAGUCGACGGAGUGUCCGGGCCCGGGGAAGCCUAGGCGUGUUUGAUUCUCGUCUAUACUCAACCUUAGAAUAUUCUAUCUCACUGAUUCAGGACUUUUAUCAUGAGAUUAAGAAACGGUAGGCAUUCUACUGAAAAAAUAUAUUUUAUUGUACUCUAAAUUCGUAAACAAAACGCUAAGCAAUUCGCAUGAUAUAAAAUUACAAUACUUACGAGUAAGUAUGUAUUUUAUUCUGUAUCACUCAUAAAAAAAUUGUCUGGAUUUUAAAUCCGUAUAGAUUAGUGCAAUCACUAAUUUAUUUUGUAAAUUUAAUAUAAAUAUUUCACUAACUCUGACAACGAGCAAUUAACAGCAAUUUUGACAUGAAACAAUAAAUUACUUUUCCUCCAAAUUUGCUUGACUGCAUUUUGGUUUGCGGAUUUGGCGAUAAGAACUUGUUAACUCGGUAAAUGCUAAUUUACAGUAAUCACAUAAGAAAUCUUGAGAAAAACUCGUAAACUAUGCACUCCAUAUUUUACAUACUAUGUUACAUCCAUUAAUGGUAAUUAAAAAAAGUGUUUCAAAUAUAAAAGACGAUUACGGUAAAAUUACAUUUAUCUUAUCAACACAGACAUUUCCGGAAAAACACCUAUAUAAAAAUGCUCAAUCUGAUCUAGAUACGUAUCACCGACUAAAUUUUAGACGCUUGAAAUUCUACUAUUUUACCGGGAUAUUUCCCAAAAUCAAAUUGCUAAAUUCCAGUGUAAAAUCCUCGUAUCACCUAAAUUCCAUCCAUAUAUCACAAAAUAUUUAUGAAUCACCAUAAAAAGUAAUUUGUCUAUUUAUCGCAUGUCCGUUGAAUAAAACAUUAUUUGGCCCAAGGGUAAGGUGGACAUAUCAUAAUGCAUCAGAAGAUUAUUUUGUAAUACUGAAUUGAGGCGAUAGAAUAUUCUAUAGUUUGUAGCGAUUAGCUAUUCGCGAGCCGAUUGGCCCACUUAUGAUAGCAAAUUGUUUUUCCAAAAUUUAGUGCAUCUUGACACCUCAAAAUGUUAAAUGUUGAAAAAAGUAAUUUGCUACGAUUAAUAUAGAUAGCUCUAAACACUGAGAGAGAACACUUUAGCAUAUAAGCGUUCCAGGUUAAAAGUCAUGGUGUUGCCAUUGUUGAGAAAAAGUACCAAAUUACCGUUUUUGUAAUUUUUGGUAGAUUAUUAGUUACACGGAUAGUUUGCAAGUGCUGAGUACGGCUCGCUUUUACUUUUUGAUAAAAUCUUUACUCCGCGACGGCGUAAAUAAGGCUGAAACAGGCUUUAUAUUUUUCAAAAAUGGCAUCACCACAACGAUGUGUAAUUUUGAAUAAUAUUGCUUACCGUUCAAAGUAAAUUGUUAAUGUUGCUAGCUGUAAUAAAACGUAAUUUUAAUUAUUUAUUUUUGCAACAUUGUGUAUAAUAUUAUGUAUAAUAUUUUUGUAAAAGGAUCUCCGGUAAACUUAAGGAUGUUAUUAAGAUGGCAAACACUCAGGUUUUGUUUUUCAAUUGUGAUUUUAUACUGUGAUUAUUUUUCUUCCAAAUAUACGUAUGAAUACGUUCAUGCUUACAACUCCAUAUGCUUAACUGUGUCAAUGAAAAAUCAUGAAAAUUCAUGAUUUUUCGCCAUUUCACUUAAUGUAGUUGUUAAAUUAGUACGAAAAACUGUCGUCAAAGUUACGCAUAUGGCGUUGUAUUUUUUUGUAUAGCAAUAGGUAGUAUGCUUUAGAAUUAUUUUUUAAUAUAGAUCUUAUGGAGACUGUUUCCCGAAUAUCGUGUAAUUGAUAGAAUUAUAUUAGUAGAUAGAGUUUUAUUAGAGUAAGCUGUACACACACUGGGUGUAAUAGCCGCGCGACGACCGCCCAGUGUAGAUUUAGCCUAAGCACGGCUUUUAUUGAAAUAAGGCCAAGCGUACCCGAGCAUUUUGAACGCAGCGCAGUUCAUUUUCAUACAGCUGGGAUUGGGCGCGUGACUGAUUGCGUCAUGCUUUUACAACUCCUUGAACAAGAUUUCACAGUUUCAAAUUUUGUAUCAUGCUUCAAAAUACCCUUGCCUGAAUGGUCACAUCAUUUAGGGUUCCCUCACUCUGCCGUUUAUCUAACGUAGGUGUUUGUCGAUUGUAUGCGCAAUAUAUACCAAUACCAUAACACUAAUAACAUAUAUGUUUUUAAUAUUGGCAAAGAUGUACACCAGACAAGUUAAUUGGUAUACUUGGAUAUUAAUUAAAUAAACUUGUUGUAAUUAAAGUUGAUGGGUUGUUAUCUUGGACUGCAUUGUCCCUUGAUAUCAUAUGAGAUUGCAGGCAAGCGUUUAUUUAUAGAUAAUAAUUAAAACAAUGUGAAAACGUCAUGUUGUGCUCUUUUUAUACGCUGUAGCUUGCAUGCCCAAUAUUUUCUUGAUACAUGCAGCACAAGAUCAAGCAGUGUUCUGAUGGUUAUAGUACUUUUGGACAUGCUUAAUGUGGUUGAGGCAUUAUGUUAUUAUAAUUUUAUUUAUUUAUUUAUUUAUUUAUAUACAUGACAUGUGCCCAGAGAAACAUUACAGUUUCCCAAUUCGUUUCUCGAGCAAUCAGGAAUAAUAAUUACGACAGUAAAUCUUAAAUUACAAAAUGAAUAUUAAGCAAACAAAAUAAAUUCAAAAUAAUAAAUUCAAAAUCAAACAAAUUAAAAAUUAAAAAUAAUAAAUUCAAAUUCAAUCAAAUAUAAAUAUAAAUAUAAAUAAAUAAUAUAAUUGUGAGUAGUUAAACGUCUUUAUAUAGUCAUCUACACUGUAGAAGUGUUUGUAUGUAGGUGUCUUAGGACGACAUCACACUGCUAUACAUACUCCUGACGAAGAAACGCUCGUGUGUAGGAGCCCUUAGGAAGUGUCACUCAACAUGACAAAAUAUGUACUGCGCUGCGUUUCAACUAAAUAAAUGCCUGACUGCAUACGCCAGCCUAAAGCUACUGCAUGUUUACAGAUGACAAUAUUGGUAGGUAGUGAAUAGAAAUAUGUCGCAACUAUAGAGAUUAUAUAACACUCGAAGGCAAUGACGCUUAAAUUGUGAACGUACUUAAGUGUAUAAAACAGUCUGUAUUGAUUUGUCAUUUAAUAAAAAAAAUCAUUUAACAUUCUCUUAAAAUAUGCAUUUACCUACACUUACAACAAAAACCCGAUUUUGAACAGUGUUUUUCAAAUAUAUGAGUUUAAAGAAGCGUUAUAUUACAAGUAUAAAAAUGGACUAUCUGUUAAUACACUUAUGUUAAUGGCAAAUCAAUACAGUAGAGAAGUUAUGGAAUUGUAUUAAAUAUUUUUAAAACAGAUGGAUUAUAAUGUUGUUAUGGAUUUGAAGAGCGGUUUAUUUUUGUACAUGCCGUGUAUGCAUAUCAGGUAAACGCCUUAGAGAGAAAUUAUAUAAUAUCUAUGUGAAUGUCCUCAACUUUCUUUAUAUUUUGAAACUUUUGCAUCAUUAGAAACAUAGUCCAGAGUCCUCUUGGAUAACCUACAAAAAAGUCCUGUGUUUGAUUGCUAAUUUUGGUCUAUUUACAUAGGUACCUACAAAUUGAAUGAAAUUGUUAUAAUCUAUGGCAAUAAAAUAUUAAAUCUCAAAAAUCCAAAUCUCACACUUUUCGGUAUAUUUGUGACUAUUUCAAUUUCUAUUUUGAAACUUAUAUCACUUCUCUUUUGCUUUUGAUGCAAAAGUUUCUCUUAUACUUCACCUUUUCCUUUCUAUAUCUAUCGCUCAUUGCCUUGAUGUGUGUGUUCACUACCUUUAUAUCCCAUCUUCAAUUUUCAUGGUUGAUGAAUGCAUUUAAUUCCUUAUCCUGAUUUAGGAACUAAUGAACAAUUUUUCAUUGUUUAUACUAUGGCUAUACUAUAAAGUAUAUAUGAAUUAUGGCAAAUGGAGCAGGAAAAUCUCUCUGUCUUGUUCUUGUUGUUUCUUUUUUUUCGUCAAUCACCUACAAAGAUUAUACAGCUUGCUAAACAAAUUAAAUGCCUUAAAAUAAAAGGAGUUCAAUCAUGCAUCAACCAUAAACAAAACUCUCAAUUCCUAUAUCGUGUUGUGCUUGCUCUCGAAGGAUCGAAUCGAGUUAUCGAAUAGUCUAGUGUAUCUAUGCAAUUAUCUGUAAUCUGUCCGUCUUGCGAAUGUAAUAUAUCGCGCUAUCGUGUCAAUUACGUCAUACGUGUUGUCCUGUAUGUGUGUGUGUGCACUGCUGGAAGCUGAUCGUAUAACUCGCAAAAACAAACCUAAUAUUUCCUAUAAUUGCAACGCGAUGCAAGAUAACGAAGUCUCCUCUAUGUGUCUAUAAUUGUGUUUAAUUUGGCAUCUUCACACUUACAAAGUACUCAGUAUUUUUAGUCUUAUUUGGUUGAUAAAUAAAUUUAAAUUGAACGCAACUGUUAUUUUAUUGAUAUCGCUUCCUGUUUACUACAACAAUGCACGUCGUCGACGACGACACUUUGUCGCCUAUGGCGUGUUAUCGCUUAAUAAUUGUAUGUUCGUAUGUUCAGUACAGAUACAAACCUCCCACUCCCUUAGGAUAUGCUGAAAUCACCAGAUUUUUAAGCAACUAAGUUAGUUGCUUGAACUGUCCCACCUUAUUUUAAUCUGUACUGUUACCGUAUGUACCGUAAGUAUGGGUUGCGUAUUGGAUAGAUUGAUAUGCGGUCAGCUUCACGCUUCUUCCUGAUAUAUUUCUUGUAUUAUUUAAUCUGUGCUUUUGGUCGCCUGUUCACAACACUCUCACACUGUUAAUAAACUACGUAACUGAGUCCUCGCCCGCGUGGUACAGGGUAUAUGACAGCGAAGGGAAGCGAGUUUAAGCCUCAAUGACUUCGAUGGAACCAUUCGAUAGCUGCCCACUAACACAAUCUAUUCCGACUAAUUGGAAGGAGACAUGAAUAUUGAUGAUAUUUAAAAGAUAUGGCAAAUAUUCUUUGAGUGAAACACAAUAGUUCAUCAAUUACAAACCCAUUUAAUCGCACGCAUAACUGUCGCUCUCUAGCCCCUUACCGUGCUGCCGAGGACUCAACAAUGUUUGUUGUUAGCUAAUGUUAUACUUAUGUAUAUGUGACGUAAAAUCGAGGUUUUGAAGAAGUAAAAUCUUCUUUUUGAAAAAGUCUGCUUUCAUUUAGAAAUUUGGCUCCAUUGAUGGUAUUGUUAAAGGUUAAGUGAUAGUAGGGUUGUAUUAGGUUAGUCCAAGUAAGGUAGCGGUAGGGAAGGCACAUAGAUUAGACGAGCGAGAGUCAAGACUGGGCUGGAACGGUUAAUGAUGAUGGUUUAUGUCGUUAAAAGGCUGUACGAGUAUGUGCCAGGGAUGUGUCUGUCAAACCCGAACUUCAUUUCUUUUUUUGAAUUUGACUAUUUACAAUUUUGGUUAUAUAGUCAUCUUUUACUUCGAGCAUGCCCUAUUAUAAAUUCUUGUGCCUCCAUUAAUCUUGAUCCAUUAAUAUUGAUAUAUAGUGGGAAUAUUCCCCGAUAGUGAGAACUUCGUUUCACAGCUCUACUUCGCUCUAAUCUCUACAUAACACAUCCCUGUCGGUCAGCAAUACUGCAAUUUGAAUGUACAGACAAAUAUUAUGUAGGUAAUAUUAUGUAUAUAUUUAUAGGGAUUAACAACCUACCGCUUAUGGUUUGUGAUAUGUGCAUGCAACGCUUUUAAAUAUUGUUUUUUUUAAGUAACAUUAAACUUUUGAAUCGUGGCAAUCUUAUUUUUUAAAAGACUAAUAGCAUGGCAACAUUUAGAUCUGCUACUUUAAUUCGUAAUUUAUUUAUUUAUAUUUUAUUAUUGUUAUUUUGGAAUGUUGAGUUUUUUUUACAAUAAUCAUUAUUAUUAUCACUGAAAAAUAAUGAUUAUAUAUGUGACACGGUUCUGAAUAAUCGCAUAAUAUAAUUAUGGCAAGUUCAUAAAUGAAAAGACGCAACCAAUAUUAUAACAAAAGCACUACCUACUUUGCUAGAUAUGUGCCGGCCACGCAUACAACUACGAGUUUAUUACGUUGAGCUGUCUCAUUCACGGCCAGUUUCUUCAUCGCAAGUAACGUCACAAAUCAAAAGUGACGAUCUUAUUCACUGAACAAUAAAGUCUUCUUUACUACUCACUACUUUUAGUGUUACUUUAGCUUUACAUGAAGAAACUGGCUGUUAAUACUGAGUUUUCAGUUUAGAACUUACGGUAUGAGUUGCUAGAGAUUUAAUUUAUCUCUACUGAAUUAAAUUAAUGACGGGAAGAUAAUAUUCAUAAUAAUUAUUAUCAUUCUACAAAAUCCACCUCAGUUUAACAUGGAUUUGUAGAAUAAUAACAAUUUUAUAUGGAUUUAAUUUCAAUGUUAGCUAUGUAUGUUUGAUAACUUAUAAAUUUUCACUAAACUGCACGCCGAUUUAUAAAUGUUUUUAUUGUAAUUUUUUUUUAAUAUUUGUUUAUUGGUGUUGUUAUUUUAUUGUCGUUGUUGUAUCCCAUUGUUGUUCUAUGUUUUUAUCACAGUAAAUUGUAUAUGCGUCACAAUAAUAUGAAUACUUUACGGCACAAUUAUUAACCUGUCUACGUUUUUCAGCCAUGUGUCUAUAGAAGUUGUCUUCAAUGUAAAGAGCAGCUAAUUUGUCACCAAAAGCAUGUUAAAUAAUAAUAAUGUAUAAAGACGGAAUUGUAUUUUUGCUCUGAUAACAAAAUUUUAGAAUAAAUAUUCUUACAAUCUGACCGGACUAGGGAUGAUCGAUAUCUAUGAUAUCCAUGUUUGAUAUCUUACGGAACAAUAAUCGAUUUAGUAUUUACUUUGUACUUAAACAAUUUUAAUUCGUGUUGAGAAUUACUACUUCUACUAAAAGAAUAUUAGACAAGUAACCGCCUUUGUUCGCAUCAGAUUCGACGCGCUAUUGACAUAUCUAAUAAUAUAAAAUAUUUGUUCUGACCAAAACUAAAACUAACGCAAAGAGUGUAUUAUACUAACAUUUUGAAAAAAAUCAUCGGUACUAAAAACAGAAAAUCCUCACCGGGCUAGAGAGAUAAGUUUGCGGCACUAUAACUACUACAAUCGAAACCAAAUAAACUUUCACGAAUUGAUUAAAUAUACUGUUAAAAUUAUGCAUAAUUUACAUUAUUUUUGAUGUUUUCCGAUGCAAUGAUGAGUAUUUUAUAUAUUAUAUAUUAUAGAUAGAUUGGUAGUUUUUAAUGCAUACAGUUUGAAGUACUGGCAACAUUUACAAUACAUUCGAGACGAUGAUGUUUUUCGUUUUGUUUAUGUACAUGAGCAUGGAUUUAUUAAUGUCAUCGCACAUUCCUAGUCUGGACUUAUAAAAGAUUCACAACAACAACAAUCUGCCAUUUUGUAUAGAAUAUAGUAAUUUGACAACAACAUUUUAGAUUGACAAAUUAUUCGUAACGCUGGUGUCACGUUUGCAAUAUAUGCGGGCUUGAGCAGCCUUACGACCAGCUUCGUGUUUGUAAUGAUUCCACGCUGAAUAUAAUUUACUUUAUAUUAAAGUAAUUUUUUAGAUUAAGGUCGCCUUUUACGAGCACGUCCAUGUUAUAGGGCAGCGAAAUGAUUAUGAAGUUAUUUUGCCAUUGUAUCUCUAAUAGUUAAGCGUAUGUUACCAAAAUAUUUUAUUGAUUGGCAAUAUUUUUCUAUCGUAUAGGUUAUUUUAAGAUUAGUGUUAAAGAAUUUGAACUAUCGAGUGGUUAUCGUAAUUAGGAUAUGUUUAGGUUCGGUUUCACCCAUUUUUGCUUGGUGUAAGCCUGAUUUCAGCUAUAUAGGUACUUAAAUAUUUCCUGAUUACUAUAAACACUAUUCAGAAGAAAAAGGCAGAAUUUUUAUUGCUUAUCGGGAUAUUUUUAAAAACGAUACCAAAGCUUUAAUAAAAUAAAAGUUAUUCCUACCAAAGGAAUAGCUCUGUUGAUUAAAGAAGACCGAUAAUUAUGUAUGAAAAAUGCCCAGCCCAGGCCCAAUACAGGUCCAGCAAUGUAUGAAAUAUGGUCAGUCUCUUUUUAUUAUUGUUUUAGGUUUCGACCUGUUCUGCCUUUCGUCUUCCGAUCUUCCUAUUAUUAAGCUAAGCCUAAUAUGAUACCGUAACCGACGUCAGUAUGCAGUUGUAUUGUAGUUUUAAAACAAAAGGCUUUACGUGUUAAAUAAGAAACAAACAUAGAUAAAACUUUCACAGUUCCAUUUGAAAUCAAUAACGUUUCAUUGUUCACAUUUUAAAAUGUUUUUUUAAUGUACUUUAUUGUAAUUUGAUUCGUUGAUCGUAUUGGUGCUAAUUUCGUUGGAUAUAAAUCUCAAAAUUUUAUUAUUAUUCCCCUCACUUUUCUGCAGAAAACAUUGCAAAUUAGUUGAAAUGUCUCCUGAACAUUUUUUUAUUUUAUUUUUUUUAACCCAAAAUAAACAAUUUUUAUUUAAAAAAAUAUAUUAUUUAAACAAAAAACCCGACUGCUUAAGCGUAAUGAACGUAAGAAAGAUUGAGUUAUGUUUAUGAUUUAUUUACAACUGAGUUAGCGCCAUUGAUUGUACAAUACGUCAUUCAAAUUUAUAAUUUUUUUAUUAAAUAAUUUGUCCCAAAGAUUGAUCGAAAUAAUUUUGCGUAGAAACUAUUUUGAUUUAUUGAAUUGGCAAACGUACAUAGAAUCCGCUGCGGAAUGAACCAGGGUGCAAUGAAGCUCAUAGAAAACUGAAUAUCUAUUGUUUUCUCAGUACGCAUCUUGCUAUAACGGUUGGUGUUGAAAGUAAACUUCUGGACACAUCUAUUGGGCACCUUGCAUUUAUAGGUUCGUUUGGUCCUAGCUAAAAUUUUAUAUUAGGUCGAACAAAAAGUUUUUAUGUAGUUUUGAACCUGGCACAUUUAUUAUUUCAUUCAAUAGUCUUAACAUUAAGGUGAGUUUCUAUCAAUAAUCUAUGGAUACUUCGCCUGAAGUGGCAAGUAAGGCUCUUGCCCAUACGGCAUCGUCAGGGAAUAUCUUCGAGAUGUGAACAUCACAGUUAUAGACUGGCCAGCCAGAGGCCCAGACAUGAACCCCAUUGAACACAUGAGGGAUGAACUAAAAAGACGUGUUAGGGCUCGUCAGCCAGUUGCCCAGACGUUGCAGGAGUUGAAAACUGCCAUAGAAGAGGAAUGGGAGAUGAUCCCUCAAAAUUUCAUAGAGCGGUUGAUAAACUCUAUGCCUAAUCGUAUGAGAGCUGUGGUAGAUGCCCAUGGAAGCAACACGCGUUAUUAAAUUAAACCUUUAUUUGAUAAAACCUGUUUUUAUUCAAAAAUCAAUUGCCUUUAUCAAGGCGCAUACCCGACUUGUUAGGCGUAGCUCCAUGUCGUGUGGUAUUCUGAAUUCAAAAUUUAAAACAAUACGAUCGAAAAGAUGGUAAAAUGUAUCAGGUCAGGUUAAAACUGCAUCAAUAGUUUUUGUUCAAUCUAGCAAUCAUAUUUCGGUAGGGGCCAUCGAAACCUAAACUCUAGGUGGGCCAAUAGAUGUGUCCAGAAGUUUAUGUUACCACUAUUUUAGUUUUCAUAAAAAUAACUAAAAUUACUCAACAUGUAUGACCAUUUAUUGAUUUGAACCUAAUGGAUAUGUCCUGAAAUGGGCCUUAAUUAUUUACAAGCUGGUUAAUAUUAUUUUAUACGUAUAGAAUACAACAGUUUUUGUAUAAAGAAUAAUUUACAUAAUUUUUAGAACCACCAUAAGAUAAAAAAAAAUUGGUUUCGCUCUCUUGUCUACUAAACCCAUAGACAAUUUAGUAAAUGUGUUCAAAACAGCCAAUAAAAAUAAUUGGAAUUUAAUUCGUAUCCGGUGUAAGUUGUCAAUGUUAUGUAAUAUUGUCAAAACUCAAAAAAACACAAGUUCAAAAUAAACAUUAAACCGUAGACAGACAAUCAUGAAACCAAUAAAUCUUUAAAUUGCUUAAAAGAUAUAAAGGUCUGCCAGGCCUAAAUGAAGGUCUGCCAAGGUGUGACUUACGAGCAUGUUUCCAUGAUAAAAAUUCUUACUUUAUUUGCCAGCUGACGAAAAAAAUAUUGGUGGUCCCAUAAAAAAGUAAUUUUCAUUUUAAAGACUAUAUUUUAUGUACUUUAAUCUCUAAGAUAAAAAUACUUUGGUGCUGCUUGCUUGAAACUUUGAUUAUAAGCCCAGCCUCCAUACAAAUCAGGGACAUGUCCUUUACAAAUAUGUAUUUUUAUUUAUUUCUGCCCUUUAAAAUAUAUUAUUUUGGAAAAUCCUACUAUUUUAGUAGGAUAAGUUUUUAUAUGGUAACAUUAAAUAAAUGACAGUUGGUCGAAUAUUUUGAAAAUUAUCUGACUUAUGACAUCUAUUUAAUAUGAUUUUUUUAAAUUCUGAUACCUAAUAUGAGUAUUAAAUCAAAUUGAAAAAAUAUAUACGUAUACGUAUAUUCAACUGUACAAGAAGGUAUUUGAUGUUACUGUAGCGUCAGCUGAUCUUUGACGCUGCUUUAAUCAUAUUAUCGCAACCAAUCAAAAACAUUGUGGUUAUCGCAUUGACGAAUUUUUUUUUAAGUAUUAAGUUACACUUAUUCAUUCACAACAAACAAAUCAAAAAUCUGUAAUGGGAGACGUUAAAAGACAUAUUGUUGAGAUGUUGGAAACUUUGAAAUCAUUCCCAUUAAAAUACAUUUUACACAAA